AUGCCCGGAACAUCUCGCGUCAUCCUCAUCCUCGGCGCAGGGCCUGGUAUCGGCCAGGGAGUCGCUCGGGCCUUUGCCUCGAGAGGCUACAAGGUUGCCAUCGCUGCCCGGUCACUGAAGGAGGCAGACAGCACCGACGAUCAGCUGAACAUUACAAGCGACUUCAGCAACCCUGGCGACGUCGUCAAUGCUUUUACGAGAGUGAAAAAGGUGCUGGGCAUCCCAAGCGUCGUCGUUUACAACGCUAGCGCCUGGACGCCCUCUCUUGCCGACGACCCGUUCGCGAUCCCGUUAGAUGGUUUCAACCGGGACAUGACCGUCAACGCCACCAGCGCCUUUGUCGCCGCGCAACAAGCCGUCCUCGGCUUCGCGGAGCUCCCUGCCGACGCGGCAAGGUCGUUCUUCUUCACGGGGAAUAUCCUGAACGUCACAGCCAUCCCGAGUUUCAUGUCCCCGGGCGCUGGCAAGUCGGCGUCCGCACACAUGAUGAUGGCUGCUGCGGCUGCAUACAAAGACCGAGGAUUCAAGUUCUAUUAUGCUGACGAACGGAAGCCGGACGGCACGGCCGCUUUCAAGGUCGACGGAGACGCGCAUGGGAAGCUCUUCUGGGAGCUCGCAGAGGCGGAGACGCAGGGCCCGUGGUUGCAGACCUUCGUCAAGGGCGUGGGAUAUAAGGACUUCGGCAGCCUAUAUCGAUUGUAG